AUGACCGUUAUGACUAGGAACCCAGAACACUAUAAUAGCAAGCACCACUCUCACUCUACCCAUCAUCACAAACCCAAAACACAAUCACAACCAGCACAGUUUCAGUUCCCUAUUCCAAAGUUUCAAUCUUCACUCAAAACGCAAAUGGGUCUCUCCACAAUGAACUCUUCCUCCAUCACUCCACGCCACUACAACACCCACAAGGUGUUCCUUUUCUGCAACUACAUUCUCUUGGGUGCAGCCUCCAGCUGCAUCUUCCUCACCCUCUCUCUGCGCCUCAUUCCCUCUCUCUGUGGCUUCUUCUUCAUCCUUCUUCAGGUCUUCACAAUCGCGGGUGCCAUCUCGGGUUGUGCUGCUGUGGGUGCCAAUAGUUGGUACUCUGCACACAUGGUGGCCACUGUGUUAACGGCAAUUUUUCAGGGUUCAGUUUCGGUGUUGGUGUUUACAAGAACUGGGGACUUUUUGGGGCAGUUGAAGUCGUAUGUAAGGGAGGAGGAUGGUGCUGUGAUUCUGAAGUUGGCUGGUGGACUCACCAUCUUGAUCUUUUGCUUGGAGUGGGUGGUGCUGACUCUUGCCUUUUUCUUGAAGUAUUAUGCAUGUGUUGAGGGGGGUAAUGGUGGGGCUAUUGUGGCAAUGAAGAGUGGGAAGGUGCAGCAGGAUGAGGACUUGAAGGAUUGGCCUUGGCCUUUCCAAGUUUGA